ACAUCAUCCCUCUCGAUAGAAAUUUUGAAGGUUUACAUCCAUUCUAUUUGAUUGAAAAGUUACAGUUACACAUCGACUGUUUAUAUCUUCCUCUAUUUGCUGAGUGUGAUCUACUCGCAAAUAAGCUUCAACAUCUCAAUCGAUUUGACUUUACCCCGCGGAUCUGCCCCACGAUUUACCCCAUCCGAGCUCCCGAACUCAAAGUUACCGGCGUACAUCCGACAUUAUGGCGAUGAACACCAGAACGGCCUCAAAAGCAUUCAGAUCUUUGCGAGUAUGAAGUCCUUUCUACAAUGAUAUGUUAUGCCCAAUACUGAUAUCUUUGUAGCCAAUCGGGGUUCGUACUUUGGCUGUCCCAGCCCAUCGUAACUAUGCUACAUCAUCCGAACCAGAUCUCAAAACUACCUUCAAGGAAUCCAUUCCUGCGAAACGCGAGCUUUUGAAGAAAGUCAAGGCGAAGGGCGAUAAAGUUAUUGGAGAGGUUAAAAUCGAGAAUACAAUUGGUGGAAUGAGGUACGGACACAUCUAUAACCGCAUAGCGCAUCACGAAGAUACUAAUACUAUGGCAGGGGGUUGAAAGCUAUGGUAUGGGAAGGUUCCGUUUUAGAUGCCAAUGAGGGUAUUAGAUUUCAUGGCAGAACCAUCAAGGACUGUCAAAAGGAGUUGCCGAAAGGAACAAGUGGUACAGAAAUGCUCCCAGAAGCCAUGUUCUGGCUACUUUUGACCGGACAGGUCCCUUCUACCUCACAAGUCAGAAAAUUCUCUAGAGAACUGGCGGAGCAAUCAGCGCUCCCAGAUUUUGUGAACAAGAUGCUCAAUAACUUUCCAAAAGAUCUACAUCCAAUGACUCAGUUCGCGAUCGCUGUUUCAGCACUCUCACAUACUUCCAAAUUCGCCAAGGCAUACGAGAAGGGAAUAAACAAAGCAGAUUACUGGGAGCCAACUUUCGAUGACAGUAUCUCCCUUUUAGCAAAACUCCCUGUGAUUGCUGCCAAGAUAUAUCAAAACUCAUAUAGAGGUGGUGGAGCUCUCCCUGCUGAGGUCGAUCUGGAACAAGAUUGGUCAUAUAAUUUCGCAGCCAUGCUCGGUAAGGGAGGAAAAGAAAAUGAGAACUUCCAAGAUUUGCUGAGAUUAUACUUGGCUCUUCAUGGUGAUCAUGAAGGUGGAAAUGUUUCAGCGCAUACUACUCACUUGGUUGGAAGUGCUUUAAGUGAUCCCUUCUUAAGUUACAGUGCUGGUCUGCAAGGCCUCGCUGGACCGCUUCACGGGUAUGUAUCAAAAUGUCCUCGAGAUUACAAUUACUGACCGCUCAUAGUCUGGCCGCACAAGAAGUCCUCAGAUGGAUCUUACAAAUGCAAGAGCACGUAGGAACGAAAUUUACCGACAAAGAUGUGUCCGACUAUCUAUGGUCAACCCUCAAAUCCGGCCGUGUGGUCCCAGGCUACGGCCAUGCCGUUCUGCGCAAACCCGAUCCCCGAUUUGAAGCCUUAAUGGAGUAUGCCUCCUCCCGUCCAGAAAUUGCCAAAGAUCCCGUCUUCCAACUGGUCAAGAAAAACUCCGAAAUCGCGCCGGAAGUGUUGAAAGAGCAUGGAAAAACCAAAAAUCCAUACCCAAAUGUAGAUUCUAGCUCUGGUGUGUUGUUCCAUCAUUAUGGUUUCCAUGAGACACUUUAUUAUACUGCUACCUUUGGCGUUAGUAGAGGUUUGGGCCCGUUGGCGCAGUUAAUUUGGGACAGAGCAUUAGGAUUACCAAUUGAGAGACCUAAGAGUAUUAAUUUGGAGGGUUUACUGAAGUUGGCAGAAUAGAUCUAGAGGAUGUUACGCCAGCAGAGCAGGUAUAGAAUAGAUCGCAUAAAAGUCUUAACUGCAUGCUUUU